AUGAGUCACGAUCGAAACACGUACAAUCCAUCUUAUCCACCAUACGAAGGUUACCAAGCUUAUCCAGCUCAACAACCCUCUGGAUAUAUGUCGUAUCCACCUCCACCCGGUGGUGGCUAUGGUCAAAAUGAAAUGCCAAAUCAACCACCUCCUGUGUUGCCACGUCCAUGGUUUUUCAAAGAUGAUGAACAAGGCGGAGGUCAAUGGGGAGACUUUACUGGUCUUGAAAACAAAGAAAUUCGUCGUGUAUUUAUUCGAAAGGUUUAUACAAUUCUUAUGAUUCAAUUAACAAUUACGUUUGGUCUUAUUGCAUUAUUUCAUUUUAUACCAUCGAUUCGUGAUUACGUGCGAAGUCCGCAUGGUCAAUGGCUUUAUUGGACGUCAUAUGUUGUUUUCUUGGUUAUUUAUUUUGUAUUGAUUUGUUCACAACGUGCAGCACGAAGAUUUCCACUUAAUCUUAUAUUACUCGGCGUUUUGACAUUAUCAAUGGGCUAUAUGAUGGGCAUGAUUUCAGCUUAUUAUAAAGUCGAAUCAGUAUUAAUUGCUGUUGGUAUAACAGCAUUUGUUUGUUUGGGUAUUACAUUAUUUUCCUUUCAAACAAAAUAUGAUUUUACAUCAUGUUUCGGAGUUUUAUUUGUUAUCUCAUUGGCACUUUUAGCUUUUGGAAUUGUUUGUAUUUUUACUUAUUCAAGAAUAAUGUAUACAAUUUAUGCUGGUCUUGGAGCUCUGGCUUUUUCAAUCUUCUUGGCUGUUGAUACACAAUUAAUUAUGGGUGGAAAACGACAUGAAAUUAGUGCUGAAGAUCAUGUCUUUGCAUCAUUGAUGCUUUAUAUUGAUGUAGUUUAUAUAUUUUUAUAUAUUCUUAGUUUGUUGGGCAAUCGAGAAUAA